GAUGUCGACUUCCUGCAGAAUAUGCGAACACAGUGAACGCAAAGGCUGUGAACCAAAAGAACACACCUGUAGGAAGAAUUGGAGUGGAAGUGCCAAAGCCAUGGAGCCAGCAAUGGCAGUCAAGAUGAUAAAAAACAUAAAAAGUAAAGGACACACUCUUAAGACACUAGUUAUGGAUGAUGACACUAGCACAAUUUGCAAAGUUCGUGAAGAAGUUGAUCCAGACAUUGAAAAAUGCAGUGAUAAAAAUCAUACUUUCAAAAACUUCACCAACCACCUGUUUACUCUUCAAAAAGAAAAGUACAAGAGGAUCCUCAGCACAAAGACAAUUACUCACAUCAAAAAGUGUUUUGCCUAUGCUGUGUCAUCAAACAGGGGAAAUCCAUCAGCGCUGAAAGCAAAUCUUAUUGCCAUACCACAUCAUCUCUUUGGAAAUCACUCCACCUGUGAUUCAAAGUGGUGUCGGUACCUUCAAAAUAAAGAAUCAUACAUCCCAAGGAAUCUUCCUUAUGGACGAUAUCUGUCAGAUACCAAUUUGCAUGAAGAUCUACUCCAUCUGGUUUCAUCAUUUGCAGGGCAAGUUGAUAAGCUUUCAUCUCUAGAAAGCACCCAGGGCAAUGAAAACUUCAACUAUAUGGUGUCAAGGAAAAAUCCUAAGAAUAACUUCUAUUCUGGAUCUGAGAGCACCUCUGGAAGAGUUGCAGCUGCUGUAUGUGAGAAAAAUUUGGGGCCACAAUAUGUUACAAAGGUAAAUGAAGAAUUGAGUUUGUCCCCGGGAUCAUUUACGCUAAAGGAUGCAGAAAGAAAAAUGAAGAAAAGAAAGAUGAAUGCAGAAAAAACAAUUCCACCACCCCCACCACAACACAUUCAAGUUCCAUUGCCGCCAGAUGAUUACUACAGAGUGUACUUUGACCUUGAGACAACUGGCCUUGGACUAUCAUGUGAAAUUAUACAGUUGGCAGCAGCAUGUGGAAAUGAAUGUUUCAGCUGUUAUGUUAUGCCAAAAUCACCUGUUCAAGAACAAGCUACUCGGGUAACAGGGAUGACAUUUGAUGGCACCACUCUGUACAAACGUGGCCUACCACUUGAUGCAGUGUCUCUGGAUGAAUGUUUGUCAUCAUUUCACCUUUGGCUCACAGGAAUACCUAAACCGGUUUUAUUUGCACACAACUGUAGACAGUUUGACAGCAUAAUUUUAUGUCGUGCCAUUUCAAAUUGUAAUUUUCAUGUACUGUCUGAAUGUAUAAUAUGGAUUUUGUGAUACUUUACCAAUGCUAAAAGAGCACAGUUCUACUGCAACUACCAGUUACUCUUUAGAGACAUUAAUGAAGAAUGUACUAGGAUGUUCAUAUGAUACACAUGAUGCAGUAGAAGAUUGUAAAUAUUUGCAAAAGCUUACUGAGCAUAGUAGUGUUGAUGCAUUUUAUCUGAAUUACACAUUUUCUGCUUCCUAUAUCAUGGAUACUAUAAAACAGAUGGAAAGUACAAAAUCAAAUUUAGACUCCUUGAUGCCUUUGAUUAGAGGUAAAGUUGUAUCAUAUAGUAUGGGGAAGAAGAUUGCUUCCUCGGGCCUUUCUUUACACCAUUUAUGUUUAGCAUAUGAAAGAAAGGGAUUUGAUGGAGUCUUUAGCAUAUUUACAGAAUGUUUUCAUGGUAAAGUAAGGGUGACAAAACAUAAAAAAAUCAUAACUGCUGUUGCAAACUUCUUGAAAGAGAGGUAACUCUGUCAAAUUAUUUACUGCAUUGUAUUUCAACCUAUUGUAUAAUGAGUAUUUCACUGGAUACAACACAUGUUUUAGUGAUUAUUUCAUAUUUCUGGUUCUAUUGAACAUUUCUGUGCUCCAGAGAAUGGAUGGAAGAUAUUUUGUGCAAUACAGUAUACAGA